UCUCCAACUCCUUCCUUAGUAAUCAGCAAAAUGCCCUAGCCUCCACCAAAGAAAGCAAACCCUAGCCUCCACCAAUCUUGUCGCCGUCUGUCGGAGUGAGAGACUGCUGCUGCCGCCUCCGUCGCACUCAAGAACUUCCGUCUUCGUGCUAUCGGCGUUCGUUACUUCGCUCUCACCAUCCCCUGUUCGCUCUCCAUCCCCUUUUCGCUCUCAUCAGUCGCCUGUUCGCCGUCGUCCGUUGCGCUCAACCGCUCUCCGUCGUCCGUCGAAGGUCAAUGCUCACUGCUAGUGCUUGUUCUUCGUGUUUUUUUUAUUGUCUGUUCAGAAACCAAACCCUCUUCAUGCCUGUUCUUCGAUGGGAGCAGCUCAAAGUUAGGAGUGGAGUAGCUUGCAGCAUUGAAAACCAUCAGCACAAUGAACUGGUGAUAGAGGCAGUCAUAAUAAUAACUGAUUGGGACUUUUUCUUCUACUUAAGAGUUGGGAUUGGAAUUGCCAUUGCCAUGGAUCCUUCUAUUAUGAAGCUCCUCGAAGAUGACGAGGAUGAAACAAUGCAUUCAGGGGUGGAUGUUGAAGCCUUCCAAGCUGCACUAAACAGAGACAUAGGAGGAUCUGCUUCCACUUCUGGUUCAGACCCAGUUUUGUCUCAAGGAAGCAACAAUACAUUGACUCAGUCAAUGCCACAUUGGCCAACUCCUAGCCAUGAAAACCAAACCCAAGUUCAAAAUCAAGAGCCUGAAACUGCACAGCAACGAGAGCAGCCUUCAUCUGAGGUGGAGCAAAAGCAACAUGGAUCUCUUGCUGAACAAGUACAGCAUGUUGCUUCCCAGGACGUAAAUAAUCCUCCUUUACCACAGCAUGUUGCUUCCUUGGACGUAAAUAAUCCUCCUCUACCACAGCAUGUUGGUUCUCAGAGUGUAAAUAAUCCUCCUUUGCCACAGCAUGUUGGUUCCCAGAAUGUAAAUAAUCCUCCUUUGCCACAGCAUGUUGCUUCUCAGAAUGUAAGUAAUCCUGCUUUAUCACAAAAGCAGACUCAAGAUGAAGGUCAUCAACCACAGCCUGUACAAGCUUCUCUUCAAAAUUCUCAGACAGUUGGAAUUCAAAAUUUGGGAAAAGAUCCUGCUCCUAAUAAUGAGGUAGCCAAAACACUUAAUCCCAGCAGCGAAUCUCAGCAGUAUGCAAAGUUGCAGCAAAUAAGUAAUCAACAGGCUACAGUCAAUGAGCAGCCAGGAGGCCAAAUUAAUCGUCAAAAACAGGUACCAUUUGGCAUGUUGCUACCUAUCUUGAUACCUCAACUUCCCAAAGACCGAGCCAUGCAACUUCAAACUCUAUUUAGUAAAUUGAAGAAAGACGAAAUAGCAAAAGACAGUUUUGUACGGCUUAUGAAAGGUAUUGUAGGGGACCAGAUGCUUAAAUUAGCAUGGUCAAAAGUACAAGCUCAGCUACAAGCACAGACGAGACCCAACCAAGGACCUGUGGGGCAGCAGCAACCUGUUCGGAUGCCCACUGUUGGCUUAGGUGCAAGACAAUUAAAUGAUCCCCAUGCUUUAGCUCAGCUUCAUCAGAGAAGUAUGAAUGCAGCUGCAGACCAAUCUCGUAUGACUUCUUCAGCUGUCCAAACUAUGGAGAACAAUGCUAGAAAAUCUCAGGAAUUGGAUGCUAGAAUGGAAACUCAGGAUUUGCAACCGAGCCAAUUGUCAUCUUCCAAUUCCAUCACUGUUAGUCAGGAAGCAGAAAGAUUAUCUGUUCACGUACACGGGCUUAAUAAGCAGCCGCAGCCUCAGCAUCUACAUUUCCCAUCAGCAUAUGGCAGUAGUGGUGGUAAUUAUAGGCCUUUUUCAGGGCCAGCUAGUAGUUCUGCUUCAUCUAUCAGACCACCACCACAUGUGUCACAUAUGAGUCAAAUUCCACAUCAAAGCACUGGUCCCAAUCACUUAGGUGGGGCAACACACGGCUUCAUUGGUAUGCCAAAACUUGAACAGCAGAACUCUUUGAAUGAUCCCAAGAGUCUGCCGGGUGGCUCUGUUGCUCUAUUAAACAAUUCGGCAUCCCAGCAAACUCCAAAUGCAUGGCAACCACCAUCAAACAAAGAUCAAAAUUCAGGCUUCUUGUCAUCUGGUUCUUAUGUCAAAAAGGAACCUAGCGACAUGCCUACUGAGCAGCAACAUAGGCAGAAUAUUUCUAAAAUCCAUGGACUGCCAUCGGCUAAUUUUGCACAAAUCGAACAGGCAAGUGCCAAUCAAGGAACUAUGAAGGAUGAGUUCUCAAGGGGCCUUCCAGUAUCCACAAGUAUGGCACCUACAUCUACUGGCUUGACAUCACUCAAUUCUGCUUCUCCUUCUGGAAUGGCCCAACUAGAUCCUAGUGUCUCAGUGCCAUCAAACACUUCUGGAAUUACCGUGAGGGCACCUGUGAAAAAGCCUUCUGUUGGCCAGAAGAAACCACUUGAAGCACUUGGUUCCUCACCUCCUCCUCCUCCAAGUAAGAAGCAAAAGGGAUCUGGGGGAUCCGUUGAACAAAGCAUUGACCAGCUUAAUGAUGUCACUGCUGUUAGUGGAGUCGAUUUGAGGGAAGAGGAAGAGCAGUUAUUUUCAGGCCCCAAGGAGGACAGUCGGGUUUUAGAAGCAACUCGAAGAGCUGUGCAAGAAGAGGAGGAAAGGCUGAUUUUGCAGAAAAUUCCACUCCAGAAAAAAAUGUUUGAGAUUAUGUUUAAGUAUGGCUUGAAGGGGGUGAGCAAUGAUGUGGAGAGAUGCUUGUCACUGUGUGUGGAGGAAAGAAUGCGUGGACUGAUAAGUAACCUGAUUAGAAUGUCAAAACAGCGGGUUGAUUUUGAGAAGACAAGACAUUGGACUGUUGUCACCUCAGAUGUUCAGCAGCAAAUCAUGACAAUAAAUAGGAAAGUAAGAGAGGAGUGGGAGAAAAGACAGGCAGAAGCAGAGAAGCUUCGGAAACAAAAUGACUCCAUUUUAAAAUAUAGGUUGAUGGUAAUGCUGGAGCUGAUGGUGACAAGGACAAGGACGAGGGUCGUAAUAAAUCAUCAAAGUAAGCUGCAGGUGAACAAGGAAGAGGAUGACAAGAUGAGGACAAAUGCAGCAAAUGUUGCUGCCCGUGCUGCUGUUGGGGGAGACGACAUGCUCUCAAAAUGGCAACUUAUGGCCGAGCAAGCCAGGCAGAAACGUGAAGGCAUGAGGGACACAUCAUCUGGUUCUCAACCAGCUAAAGAUGUAAGUUGCAAAUCUUCAGCAUCUGGAAAAAGUACCAAGGAUAAUCACGAAGGGGAUAAAAAAGGUUCUACUAAUUUUGUAACUUCAGGGGCUAUCAGAAAACAUGGGAGAAAUAAUUCCCUUGUGACUCAAACUAAGAUUGCCCGAAGCAUCUCUGUCAAGGAUGUAAUUGCUGUGCUCGAAAUAGAGCCACAGAUGUCGAAAUCGUCGCUCAUUCAUUGCUUGUACGAGAAGAUUCAUUCUGAUGCUCAACCUGAGUGAAGUAGAAUUACAGACUUGAAUUUUUACCACUGAUUUUCUUAUCAUGCUUACCAGCAAAAAUCAAAAGUUCUCCUCAAACAUGUGUAUUAUUAACUGAGUUCAAUCCAUAUAGCCAGGAUAGUUUACCAGUUAAUUUUGAUUUUCUCUUAUUUAAUUUUGCAUAUUUAUCAGUGCUAAUUUGGAUUUUAGAGCAGUUAAACAUAAGUUUGGCAUCCAUCCUCUUGGCAUGGUCUCUGGGAAAAGAAUGUUAAAAGAAAAAUAUAUUUUGGUUUGGAGUUAUAGUAUUUUGAUAUAUGAAGUAAUUUAUGUGUGUUUAUUUUAAAAA